CUGAGUAGCAAACCAUAGAAUCAACAACCUCGUAUUCGACCACCACCGUGACGCCGGGUCGCGCUUGGAAUGCGCCGCCCGAUCGACGCAAGGGAUGUGACCAAACCACAACAAAGGGCCUGUCCUGCCGCGCCCUCGACAGCUUAAAUACUACGUGUCAGAUAGUGAGCGCCCGCGACAGUCCACCACCGUCCUCGUUGUUCCCCAAAGAAUCAGACCCUGGUGAUCUCUCCAACAGCCACCGCCACCAUGCUUGCCAUCAAAUCGUUGUCGUUGUCCCUGGGCGCGCUGCUCCUCGCAGCGGUGAGCAGCGCAAUGGAAUGGACCACCGUCGGAUACGAGACCACGGAGGGGAGUCGGUCCAUGCAGGUGCCUUUGAACGACUGCUGGAAGUUCUCGGAAGAGGAGGUCAACACCGUGUUCUUGUCGCGGCCGUGUCGACUAUUCACUGCGAUCGGCUGCACUGGCCGGAGUACCAUGCUCAACCCAGGCCUACACACCUCCUCCGACCCGAUUCCCUUCAUCGACAGUAUCGAGUGUUACUAG